AUUUAGGAUGGAUAUGAGGGACUUAAAUUCUGCUGUUGGGCGGGAGGGGGCUGGGGUGUUCACACAUUCCACUAAAGGCAAUAAACUUAGUACCAUUUCAGAGCCUUGGAACAUGCUGUGGCCCCCGAGUUGGUGGUCAUGACUGCAACAGAUGGGCAUAACUGAGAUGUUUGAAUGAAAUCUCAUUAAUGUGCCAGCACGGACUGGGCCCAAUUUAGCUGUGUUUCACUCCAUUUUACAAAAAUUGGAGUCAUUCAGUUAAAUGCUACAUUUUGCAAAAUGGGGAGAGGAAUGAAAUCUGCUUGUACAUUCACUAGACUUGUAGGAAGACUCACUUUUAGAAAACCCUGAACGAGACUCUAAAGUACUGGGACAAACAGAACGAGAAACAAAAUGCGACAGGUUCUUUUUGACUAGGUAUUAAGUUCUCGGAGGCAUUCUGCUAUUGAAACUAACGUCUGUUACUGUGCAAGAAUGCCAUGGAUUCUGUUUAUAGGUGGGUUGGUUGGUUUUGAGUGGGAGCGGGACAUGAAGUUUAAAGGCUGAGUCAGCACUCAAGGGGGCCUCACCUUGGCUACUGCUGGCUGUGACCUGGGACUGACUGACUGUACCAUGGUCUGCCGUAAACAGAAAAACCUGACAUAUAACGGUUCGUGCUGGAGACUUGAACAACAUUAAGGGAGGAUCACUGGACUCUAGAGAGAAAGAAACUUUUAAUUGCUAGGAAGGUGGGAUAGUUAAAGAGAUUUUAGUGUGACCGAGCCAUCUUCUGUGUCACAGAACUAAAAGCAGACAGUGCCUGCUGUGGAAGAGUACUAAUUUCCGUCCUGCCUCAGACUAGAGUGCUUAAUCAUUUCCCUUGCUCAAACAGGUGUGUCACUGGGGGCAUAUCCCUGUAUUGCGCUGGGGAUAUACCUGGCAGCAUUAUCCAGAGAUCUGGGACAGAAAGGUUGCAGAAUUGAAGUGGCAGAAUACUUUUUCAUUAAUGCUGGCACAGAUGUGUAUUACAAACCCAUUGCCAUUGAGUUGAUUCCAACUCAGUGAUCCUACAGGACACAGUAGAACUGCCCCACAGGGUUUCCUAGGAGCGGCUGGUGGAUUCAAACUGCUGACCUUUUUGGUUAGCAGCCAUUGCUCUUAACCACUAUGCCACCAGGGCUCCAUGUGUGCUAUAGUAUUCUAUUAAAUGUUAAUGUGCAUUUUAGUAAUAUGGUGGUCAAGCAGACCUUCAUAAAAUGUCUAGCUUGUGGUGACUGCUUUUGGCAUGUCCUGAGGCCCCCCAAACAUACUUGUUCAUGUUCCUCUGUCCUCAAGGGUACCUCUUUGGAAAAGUAGGAAAGUUUUAUGUUACCCCUAGAUCAGGGGUUGGUAAACUAUAGCUUCUAGGCCAAAUCUGGCCUGCCACCUGUUUUUGUAUGGCCUAUGACUAAGGAAAAAAAAAAACUUUUUUUUUUUCACUUUUAAAUUACAGAAAAAAAAAUUGAAAGAAGGAUGCUGUUUUGUGACACGUGAAAAUUACAUGAAAUUCAAAUUUCAGUGCCCAUAAUAAAGGUUUCUUGGAACACAGUUACAGUCAUUCAUUUUUGCACGCUGCAACUGCAGAGUUGAGUAUUUGAGACAGAUCGUAUGGCCUGGAAAACCUAAACUAUUUACCACCUGGCCCUUUACAGAAGUCUUUGACCCCUGGCCUAAAUAAAUCCUGGGUGUUGGAUUCAUGUCAUGUGAGAUGUACAUAUUGCAAAAAUCUAGGGUUUUAUAGACUUCAGCUACGGAAUUUAAAGGGCAAUUUAUUUACUGCAAAUCAAGUUUCCAUGAGAUUUGUCCUGUGGGGGCUUUGGCAUUAAACGGGCCUAGGAGUAGAUCUGAAGGAGCUCUGGUGGCGCAGUGGUUAAAGUGCUGGGCUGCUAACCAAAAGGUCGGUUCAAACCCAGGAGCCGCUCCUGUGGGAGAACAAUGUGGCAGUCUGCUUUCGUAAAGUUUUGCAGCCUUGGAAACCCUAUGGGGCAGUUCCACUGUCCUAUAUAGGAAUCGACUCGACGACUCAAAGGCGGUGGGUUUUGGUUUUAAGAGUAAAUCUUGUGAGCUCUAUGCCCCCUAGUGGAUUGCUGUACGUUUUACUUUCAAAAUUUCUAAAUACUGAAUCGGCGAAAGAACCCGUAUUAUCCAGGGGUCAGAGGGUGAAAGGUGCCUAGACCUGGCCUAUUGUGACAGGUCCUGUCUUGGUCUGGGCGAGUCCAGCCACAUCAGCUCAUCUCUGCUCCCUUUCCUUGCAACCCUAGAACAGAGAAGAGAUUGGGCUCCGAGGGACCCACUCUUCCACCUCCCGCCCCAUCUCCCGGGGCAGCUGCUCCCCUUAAAUCCCACGGGUUGGAUGAGCCUGCGAGGGCGGGGAGAGGCGGGAUCAGCACCAACAGCCAAUCAGAGCCCAGCCCCAACCGCAGCCAAUCCGGACCGGUCAGUUGGGGUCUAGCCAAUCCCGCUUGAUAAGGAAGACCUGAGUCAGUGCUUGCGCCUCUCCCUUCCGGCUCUGGGUGGCGCUGCGCGGGUUCGGCUCGUCCAGGCCGGGGUCUUCAGCCGCUCGCAGCCUGGUUCUCCGUGAAGUCCCUGGUGCACCGGACCGCAGGCCAUGGGGCGGCAGUGGGGGCCCGCCAUGAGGGCGGCCGAGCAGGCAGGCUGCGUGGUGAGGGCCUCCCGGGCUGACCUGCCCGAGGCAGGCUCGUGGAGCUGCAGCGGGGUGAUCCUGAGCCGCAGCCCGGGCCUGGUUCUGUGCCACGGGGGUAUCUUCACCCCCUUCCUGCGGGCGGGCAGCGGGGCCCUGACUGCGGCCGGCGCCACCUUCCUGCCCGGCGACAGUUGCAACGACGACCUGCGCCUGCGCGUGCAGUGGGGCCCAACGGCCGCCAGUCCCGCCGGCCGCUCGGAGCGGGGCCGUCCGGGGUUGUGCACGCCCCAGUGCGCGGGCCCCGAGCCCAGCCCACCCGCCCGGCCUCGCGGGGGGCCCCUGCAGCCCCCGCGCCCCGCCGAGCUGCUGCUGCUGCUGAGCUGCCCGGCCUUCCGGGCCCACUUCGCGCGUCUCUUUGGGGGUCAGGCUGCAGAACAGUGGCGCUUCGCGAGCGGGGCGCCGGACGACGAGGCGUCGCAGGAGGAGGAGGAGGAUCAGCUGAGAGCGCUGGGCUGGUUCGCGCUGCUGCGCGUGCAGCCUGGCGAGGCGGCGGCCGAGGAGGACGCGGAGGGGCGCGGGGCGACCGUGGCCGUGGCGCCUCUCGGGGCCGUGCCCAAAGGCGCGCAGCUGCUGGCCUGCGGCUCCCCGUUCGGCGCCUUCUGCCCCGACAUCUUUCUCAAUACGCUGAGCCGCGGCGUGCUCAGCAACUCUGUGGGUCCGUUGCUGCUCACCGACGCCCGCUGCCUACCGGGCACCGAGGGCAGCGGCGUGUUCGUGGCGAGGCCCCCGGGCGCGCUCGUGGCGCUCGUGGCGGCGCCGCUCUGCUGGAAGGCGGGUGAAUGGGUGGGACUCACGCUGCUCUGCGCCGCAGCCCCGCUCCUUCGCGCUGCCCGUGCCGCGCUCGUCUGCCUGCGCCCCGGCUCUGAGGUCCUAGCCGCCCAGCUGCCGCCUGAAGUGGGCGCCCCGCGGAGCCUGCCACUCCAAGAUCCUGAACUCCCUUGGGCAGCUGCUGCUGUGCUGGUGGAGUGUGGCACCGUGUGGGGCUCUGGAGUGGCCGUGGCGCCCCGCCUUGUGGUGACAUGCCGGCAUGUGGCCCCUCGGGAGGCGGCCAGGGUGCUCGUGCGCUCUGCCAUCCCCAAGAGUGCUGCCAUCUGGGGACAUGUAGUGUUUGCUACCCAGGAGAUGUCUCCCUAUGACAUAGCGGUGGUGAGCCUGGAGAAGGGCCUGGAUGGCAUCCCCAUGCCUGUGCCCGCUGAGCACUUCCAUGAAGGCGAGGCUGUCAGCGUGGUGGGCUUCGGCGUCUUUGGCCAGGCUUGCGGGCCCUCGGUGACCUCGGGGAUCCUGUCGGCUGUGGUGCAUGUGGAUGACACACCAGUGAUGCUGCAAACCACGUGUGCCGUGCAUGGUGGCUCCAGUGGGGGACCGCUCUUCUCCACCUGCUCAGGGGACCUCCUGGGCAUUGUCGCCAGCAACACCCGGGACAAUAACACAGGGGCCACCUACCCCCACCUGAACUUCAGCAUUCCCAUCACAGUGCUCCAGCCGGCCUUGCGGCAGUACCGUGAGACGGGUGAUCUGCGUGGCCUCCGCCAGCUGGACCGCGCCGCCGAGCCAGUCCAGGUGGUGUGGCGGCUGCAGCGGCCCCUGGCAGAGACCCCCCGCAGCAAGCUCUGAGGCCGCCUCCCCCCUCUGGAGAGAAGAGUAACCCUCCUCUGCUGUGGGAGUGGCAUCGAGGCGAUGGAUGGCAGCAUUAGGGUCCAGGGCCCAGCUCUUGACAGGACAUGCUGAGCUGGGCCACCCCCCAUCACCACCCAUCUUGUUCAGGUGACUCGGUGUUUAUGCUGAUUGCAGCCUGGGCUCUGGAGUAUGGAACAGACUUUUCAGCUCUAUAGGUCUCUAGGGCCACUGCGCUGCCUUCCCACAGCUGGCAGCCCGUUUUGGGGUGCCUCCCUGAACCCUCCACCUCUCUAUCUCCCUGGCACUAGAUACAGCUGUGCUAUUUUCUCUUCUGGAGAGGCUAGCACAGCAGCUCUGAUCCUGACAGACAGACAGAAGCUGGCUGGAAAACAGGCCCUGGCCAGGGUUUUGUGUCUGUUCCCUGUGUCCUAACCACAACUGGCCACCUGGAGCUGCUGUUUCACUGGGGCCUUGGCACCUCUCACUCUGCCUUUCAGUCGGAAUGGAGGCUGACAGAGGGGACCUGGCUUCCUCAGGAUACCUCAGGAGAGAGGCCCUGCUUUGAGGACCAGAGAGAGAAGGCAAAGGAAAUGGAGCCCCUAUCCCUAUUGUUCCAGACCUACAGGGAGGUGGAAUCCCUGAAGUCAGGACUCCUGAGGCUUCAUAUUUUAGGUGUUCCUGACCUACAGUGGGACUCCGACACAGUGCCUUGAUUUUCCAGCCCUCAAACUGGGCCUCAGGGAUCUUGGGGUGGGGGGGUAGAAUGUGUCUGGUUGGGCUUAGGAAUAAACAGGAUCUAUGGGAGAACCUCUAUACUGGUAUAUAUCACAUUCUAUUUUUUUUUUUUUCCUUCUUUUCAAGAGUUGGGUCUGUGAUAGACAAGUACCAGGCAAAGAAAUAUACCUUUUUCUGCCCUGCUUUCUUCGCAGGGUUUGUUCUCACUGGAUACUCUUACGCCAGACUGACCCUAGGCAUCCAUCAUGUACCGGUCAGCACUGGGUGGGGCUUGCAGGUCCCAGAAGGUGGUGGUCUUGGUCUGUCAGCAAGUGCUUGCAGAGUGCCUGCAGUGUGCUGAGGCCUGUGCUAGGCUCCAGGGUGGGCAGAAGUUCAAAGGUGAGUGAGACCAGGGCAGCCUUCAGGGAGCUAAGACCAAUCCUGCAAGUCAGGAGUGGGAACUGUGUGCCCAGGCCUGUGCACCCACAGGCCCUCGGAAAUGGGGGUUCAAUCACUGAUGGAUUCGGCAACAUUUGGUUGGGGGGCUAAUUCCAGGCAGGGAGAGUGCCUGGAAAAAUGUAGUCUCUGGCAUCCAUUUGUUGUGUGCCAACUCUGAGCAACCACAGUACUCUGUGACGGUUACUCUUGAGAGCUAAGGGUUGCCUCUUCCUCAAAUGGGGAUACUGUCCCUGUUUCCUGGGUUUCUUGAGUUGACCUCAGUACCUUGGAGCUCCCUGCAGCCCUGGGAUCCAGCAAAAAAGUCACCUGUCGUCUGUCAGGGAAGGUGCUCUUGGCUGGAAGCCCAUCAUGGCCAAGAUCCAGCGACCCUCCCUCCUCCUAGAUUCAGCCAUAUCAGACCAUCUGCCUCUGUCCCCACUGAUCUUCGAAGUGCCAUGGAAUUGUUUUAAUAUCUAAACCACACCUUCCUGCUAUCUUCCUACUGUCUCUGGCACUUGGAAAUUCAAAGGCAAAAGAGUCCUUUGUUAGGCAGUGAGCCCUGGUUUUCAGUUCCAGGGCUGUGGGGCUGCUGGGGGGGAGGGAGAGGGAAGAGAGGAGGGACUUGGGAAGGGGCCCAGGAGGGCGGCCUGAGACCCUCUCUCCUCUGCUGGUUCAAGGUAUCUUGAUUGCCAAGAAGGUGUUGAGUGACACUCAGACCCCUUCCCAGUUUUUUGUGUUUUGGGGCAGGUCCUUGGAGGUGGGCUGCACCAGCCCUGACGUGCCAUAUCCAGAGCCCAGUGUCAGGCCACUGUACACCUCUCUCUCCCCUUCCAGCUUUAUGUUUGUGCUGUGCUUUUUAAGUCCUUCCCCUCCACCCUGCUGAUUGGAAUCCUUCUCAUCCAUCCAGGCCCAGCAACUCCAUGAAGCCUGCCUUGGCCUUCCCAAGCCCCAGGUCACCCUGCCCUGGUUUCCCACAGGGCCAGAGCACGUGCCCAGUAGAUUGACGUCAGAAUCGAGACUCUCCCAUUUGCCCGCUCAGUGAGCUCUGACGCCCUUAGGGAUGCUGCCUGCUAAGGGAUUCCCUGGCUUGAGGGUUGUGAAUCUAACUUGGUUCAAGGCCCAGCUCCUUUCCUUUCCUUAGCCUACAGGAGCCUCAGUAUCCUCAUCUGCGAAAUGGGGAUUAAUAAAACUUACGUUGUAGGACUGGUGUGAAAAAUAAAUUUGAGAAGGCAUCCAAA